CACAAAGAGGUAAAGGCGAACUCGGAAGAAGGAAGAGAGAAAAAUGGGUGUUCUGUCAAUGGCAGUGGCUGAACCUCUAGUUCCAUCACUUACCAUAUUUGGGGGUUCGGUCGCUGACGUGGGAAACAACAACAAUCUCAUCACUCUCAUCAGGGCAAACUUCCCUCCUUCUGGAAGGGAUUUCGCCGAACAUAGACCAACUGCGAGGUUUUGCAAUGGGAAGCUGGCCAUAGACAUAACAGCUCAAUAUAUGGGUUUCGACACGUACCCCCCACCCUAUCUAAGUCAAGAAGCGAGCUUGGGAGAUGUUCUGACUGGACCCAAUUUUGCUUCAGCUGCCUCUGGCAUGCUUGAUGGAACAGCCCACCUAUAUGGAGCGAUUUCAUUGACAAGGCAGCUAGAGAACUACAAGGAAUCCAGAGCAAGAGUUGAGAGCCAGGUGGGGUUCGAGAAAUCCACCGACAUAUUCUCUAAAGGGAUUCAUCUAUUGAGCACGGGAACCAGUGAUUUCGUUCAGAACUACUAUGUGGACCCUAUGCUCAACACCCUCUACACACCUGAUCAGUGGUCUGACAAGUUCAUGAAAUCUUAUGCUGACUUCAUUCAGAUGUGGUUUCAAGACUUUUUUGCUGCUUAAUACGAAAAACAAUGUGAUCUGGUUCGUACUAAAGAGAAAAGUGGUGAUGGAAACAGAACCUGUACAGUCUUGGAGCAAGGAAGAUUGGAGUGACAACUCUGCCACCAACAGGGUGUUUGCCUGCAGCCAUCACUGGGAUGCUAGCUCCUUCAAACAAAAGCUGAACGCAACU